ACGUUUAACCUUUCUUCUGAAUACUUUCAUUAUUGUUCCAAGUUUCUUUUUUCCACCGAAAUAAACUAAAAAAAAAUUUCUUAAGAAAAAUAAACAAAUUUCCAACGCAUCUAUCAGUAUUAAACAAUAUCGAACAAAAUUUAAUAAAAUAAUAAAAAAAAAACACUAAUUAAAUAAUGGCUGGAAAUUUUUGGCAAAGUUCUCACGCUCAACAAUGGAUACUAGACAGACAAGACCUAGCCCGAGAACGUCAACACGACCUACAAUCUCUCACCGAAGAUGAAUACCAAAAAAUAUUUAUAUUUUUUGCCAACAUUAUUCAAGUGCUAGGAGAACAAUUAAAACUUCGUCAGCAGGUCAUUGCCACUGCCACUGUCUACUUUAAACGAUUCUAUGCAAGAAAUUCAUUAAAAAACAUAGAUCCUUUGUUACUUGCGCCCACUUGCAUUCUACUUGCCUCCAAAGUAGAAGAAUUUGGAGUAAUUUCCAACUCGAGAUUAAUAUCAAUCUGCCAAUCAGUAAUUAAGACAAAAUUCAAUUAUGCUUAUGCCCAGGAAUUCCCCUACAGAAUCAAUCACAUUCUGGAGUGUGAAUUUUAUCUAUUAGAGAAUUUAGACUGCUGUUUGAUUGUUUAUCAACCAUACAGACCGCUGUUGCAGUUGGUUCAAGAUAUUGGUGGGCAGGAAGAUAAUUUCUUGACGCUAGCUUGGCGAAUUAUAAAUGAUUCUUUGAGGACAGAUGUUUGUUUGUUGUAUCCACCAUAUCAAAUUGCGAUUGGAUGCCUACAAAUUGCUUGUGUUAUUCUACAAAAAGACUUAAAAUCAUGGUUUGCCGAAUUGAAUGUAGAUUUAGACAAAGUACAGGAAAUUGUACGUUCUAUAGUAAAUUUGUUUGAAUUGUGGAAGGAUUGGAAGGAAAAGGAUGAAAUACAGGCUUUGCUGGCUAAAAUUCCCAAACCUAAACCUGCUCCUCAACGGUAAAUAAAUCAAUAAAUUGUAUGUUUUCAUAAGAAAAUAGGUACUAUUAAAGAAAAUUACAAAAAAGAGUA